AUGAUUUGUGCUUCUUCGGUUGAUCUCCUAUGCGGCGACUUUGGCAUCAUCAUUCGCUUUGCAACAGAAUACUUUGCAGGUAAUAAUUCUACACUUAUCAAUCGUGGUGUUUGCAAAACACGCAGCUAUCUACUUGUUUGUUUACCAUCGAUGGCAGCAACAUGUGCUUUGUUAUCAACGUUCAACCAAUGUGUGUCGAAAUCACAAAGUUCUCGUUGGCGACGACUGAGCUCAACGUGGGUUGCUAAGCGUCUUUUUCUUAUAAGCAUGUUUUUUAUAUUGACCUCUGGCAUCUUUUAUCUGAUUAUAUUUGAUGUUUACAAUGGUUUAUGUGUGGCAUCGUCUAGUUCUGACACCCCUAUAACCGCGGUUUAUGCAAAUGUUUUCUCAUUCAUCGUUCCACAAGAUGGGUUCAUGAUCUGUGCUGACGUGACAUGGACUCAUAUACGAUAA